AUGGUCAAGCUUUCUCUCGUUGCUCUGGCCUUGGCCUCUACCGCCCUCGCAUCGGAUGCCGUUGUGUAUCCUCGAUGGGACAAUGCCACUUCCAGCGCCCCCACGGCCCCGACUGGACCAACUGGACCAACUGGACCAACUGGACCAACUGGUCCUACAGGCCCUACAGGUCCUACAGGCUCGAUUGGCACCGAGACGCUCACCACCUACACCACCGUAACGACCUGCCCGGUGACGAGCACCUUCACCUCUGGCACUUCUAUCGGCAUCACCACUACUCUUACUACGUCAACCUUGACCGUGACCAGCUGCAAGGGUGGAUGUACCAAGACUACUCCGACCUCUUCUGCCACGCCUCCGCCCGUCACCAGCUCCAGCAGCUCGUGGAGCUCCUCUGUGGUCCCGCCCCCGCCAACUACCAAUGUCACUUCUACUACUUCUACCCCGGCGCCCGUGUCCAACAGCACAACUACCACCCCGCCACCCGAAACUGAGACACUGACCACCUAUACCACGGUGACUACCUGCCCAGUUACAAGCACCUUUACUUCUGGCACCUCAAUUGGCGUCACCACUACCCUGACUACCUCAACCCUCACCGUCACCAGCUGCAAGGGCGGAUGCACCAAGACUAUCCCCCCCACGACCACUCCUCCGCCGGCCACGGAAACUGAGACUACCUACACGACUGUGACAACCUGCCCGGUUACCAGCACGUUCACUUCUGGUACCUCAAUUGGCGUCACCACGAGCUUGACAACCUCCACAAUCACUCUGACGAGUUGCAAGGGCGGAUGCACUAAGACCGUAACUCCCACGACUACUUCUCCCCCAGCAACGGAAACUGAGACGACCUACACGACUGUGACAACCUGCCCGGUUACCAGCACUUUCACUUCUGGCACCUCAACUGGCGUCACCACAAGCUUGACUACGUCCACCAUCACUCUUACAACUUGCAAGGGCGGCUGCACCAAGACCAGCGUCCUCCCCACGACGCCAGUGCUGCCAACCACGACCACCGCGCCCUGGAGCAACACCACCACUACCAAGCAUCUUACUACUGCUCCUUUCACCAACAGCUCUGCUGUCGUGCUUCCCACCACCUCUUCGGUCAAGAGUUACGGCAACACCACGAUCACAGUCAUCCCCACGACCACUAGCCCCCAGACUACUGUGACUCAGGUCACCACCGUCUACACCACCACUUGCCCUAUCACUACCACGACCACUUCCUCUGGUACUGUCAUCCCGGUGACUACUUCGACUGUCUCGACUGUCACGAGCGUCUAUCCCACCACUACGUUGAUUACUCCCACCAUUACCAAGACGCUCUCACCGUCGACUACACCAGUUCACACUACCGAAGUGAUUACCACGUCUUACGUGACUACUUGCCCUGUCACUACCACCACGAGCAAAAGCGGCACUAUCAUCACUACAGUCUAUCCUACCACCUCUACCGUGAGUACCGUGAAGACCACUAGUUACCCCGUGGUUCCCACCUCUACCUCCGUCGAGGUGGCCCCGACCUCGCCUUCCUCGAUCGCCUACACCACGGCACUGACCGUCAUCACUACCACUACGUGCCCGGUCACCUACUCGACUGUCACACAUGGCUCUUCAACCUACUCCAUUCCCAUUACCCUGACCUCGACCUUCUCCUACACAUCGGUGGCCAGCUCGCCAGCGAGUAGCGUUGCUCCCACCUUGUCUUCCGCGGUUCCCGCAAUUCCGGAAACCUCGACCCACGUGGAGAGCACUACCCCUGUCGAAACCGUUGCCCCUGUGCCGACUUCUGCCAUUCCUGAGGGCAGCUCCGCCACUGUUAAUCCGGUCACCGCCUCUUCUGAGGCUCCCAGCUCUGUAGCUUCCUCUGCUACUGUUGGCCCGGUCACUGCUUCUUCUCAGGCUCCUAGCGCUACUACCAGCACUGCUCCAAGCUCCACCACCUCUCUGCCAGCUCAGUUCACCAACGCCGCGUCUGCCAACAAGCCUGCGGUGGCUGUUCUCGCUGGUAUCGUCGGUCUGAUGGUCCUGGCCUAA